CCGCCGGUACAGCCGCCGCCAGUGCCGUUCCCGUCCCGUCCUACACCCACCAUGAUGAUGUCGGCGAUGACGCUGACCGUGCCGGCCGCCCUGUGGCCCACGGCCCCCGGAAAGCAGCUGGUGAUCGUAGCCGGCCGGCGGCCCGUGGUCACCAUCAUCCCGGUGCCGCGGCCCGCUCUCGGCGGACUCACGGCCCUCAGCUCUCUCCCACCCGCGGUCAUCUUCCCCUCGAGGGAGAGCAGCGGCGGCGGAGGAGCGCCCGCGUCCGUCUCCGGGACUCCCACCGUGCCAGCGAUGACGAUAGAGGCGACGGGGAGCUUCACCACGCUCUCUGUGCUAACGUCACUGACGGCGUCAGUGUCUGUGACGCCGGUGACAUCCGCAGUGCCGGCGACGUCAGUGGUAACGCCGAGGCCGCCCCCGAUGCCGGUGUUCCCGCCGGGCUUCGACCCCGACUUCCCGUUCAUCCCGCCGGGCGAGUCGAUUGAGAUCGAGCCCACCGACACGGGACCGUCGGGCGGCGAGACGACGGUGACCAUCCCGGAGAUCGGCCAGCCGGUGUACCCCGACACGGAGGACGCUGAGCUGUACCCGGACUACCUGCAGCCCGGCGUGGAGCCCGAGUACCCAGACGGGGGGUGGGAGGAGGUGUCCGUGCCGACCUCACCCGGCGGCACGCAGCCGCUGCCGCCCGGCCCGACCACCGACUUUGACUACCCGACCAUCCCGGCCGGCGAGUCGAUCGCCAUCGAGCCGACCGACACCGAGUACGACGACGGGCCGCCGACGGUGGUGUGGGUGCCGGACGCGGCGCUGCCCGACCGGCCCGGCUCCUCGCCGCACCUGGAGCCGUCCGUGCAGCCGGCGGGGGCGGCCGGCGGGCCCAGCACCGCCACCGCGGACCCCGCCGCCGGCCGGCCCGGCCUGACCCCGGCCAUACCCGCCGGGGCCGCGCUGGGCACCGCAGUGUCCUCGGUCCCAGUCGGAGCCACGGAGAGUGGAUCGGCCUCGUCCAUCCUCACUGGCGUCACAUUGGAACCUUCCGUGUCGUCUAUAUUGACAGGAGCGACUCUAAUUCCCUCUCUCACGUCCUUCACGAUUGGAGGGACAUUUAGGCCGUCCAUUUAUCCAUUCAUUACUGGGGCCACACUUCGGCCGUCGAUAUCUUUUGGUACUGGAGCGACGCUGGAGCCCGUGAUUACAUCAAUCCUUACUGGGGCUACUCUUUGGCCUUCAAUAUCUUUCAUUACUGGAGCGACAUUGACACCGUCAGUUACUUCAUUCGUUACUGGCGUGACGCUGAAACCGUCUAUAUCGUUUAUUACUGGAGCGACACUGAAACCAUCUUUAACGUUUAUCACUGGAGCAACACUGAAACCGUCCGUUACUUCUUUUAUAACCGGGGCGACACUGAAACCGUCCGUUACACCGUCUAUUACUGGAGCGACACUGAAGCCAUCCCUUACUUCGUUCAUUACUGGAGCGACGCUGAAACCGCCUAUAUCAUUUAUUACUGGGGCGACACUAAGACCUUCUGUUACAUCAUACAUUACUGGAGCGACACUGAAACCGUCCGUUACAUCAUUCAUUACUGGAGCGACACUGAAACCGUCCGUUACUUCAUUCAUUACUGGAGCAACACUAAAACCGUCUGUAUCAUUUAUUACUGGAGCGACCUUAAAACCAUCCGUUACUUCAUUCAUAACUGGAGCGACACUGAAACCGUCCGUUACUUCGUUUAUAACCGGGGCGACACUGAAACCGUCCGUUACUUCGUUUAUAACCGGGGCGACACUGAAACCGUCCGUUACUUCGUUCAUUACUGGAGCGACGCUGAAACCGUCUUUAACGUUUAUCACUGGAGCAACACUGAAACCUUCCGUUUCUUUGUUCAUUACUGGAGCGACACUGAAGCCGUCAGUUACUUCCUUCAUUACUGGAGCGACGCUGAAACCGUCCGUUACUUCGUUCAUUACCGGGGCGACGCUGAAACCGUCCGUUACUUCGUUCAUUACCGGGGCGACACUGAAACCGUCCGUUACUUCGUUCAUUACCGGGGCGACACUGAAACCGUCCGUUACUUCGUUCAUUACCGGGGCGACACUGAAACCGUCCGUUACUUCGUUCAUUACCGGAGCUACCCUGAGUCCCUCGGUCACCUCCGUCCACCCUAGCGCCACCCUGACCGUUCCGUCCCCGGCGGUGACCCCGUCCCGGCCUGACCGACCACAGGUCACCAGCUGGCUGACGUUUGAGACAGUCGUGGUGACGGGCCCCUACGGACCGGUCACGGCCAUCCGACCGGGGUCGACCGCGGUCACCGAGCGCCCCUCGGCCAGUGCCGCGCCUCCGGUCACCGUGCGCCCCUCGGCCAGCGCGGCGCCCGUGAUGGUGACUUCCAUCGUGUGGUCGCGUCCGUCGCCGGCCGGCUGGCCGCCGCGACCCCGGCCCGGCCCGCCGCAGGUCACCAUUAUCGCCGGUCCGACGCCGACCAUGGCGGGCGUGCACCGGCCCGGCGCCACGCUCACUAUCGAGUCGGCGGCGGCCGGCGACAUGGGCCCGGCGCCGGCCGUCCCCGUGCCCCGGCCCACGGCCACCCUGACCGUCACCGUCACCGCCCAGCGGCCGACCCGACCUGGCGCCGGCCGCCCGGGACACGGGGCCACCGGCGGCGUCUACCCCGGCCUCGGCGGCUCGCUCGGAGGGUAUCCUGGGUCUGGAGGAACGGUCGGAGGAUAUCCAAGUCCUGGAGGGUCAGUCGGAGGAUACCCAAGUCCAGGUGGAUCCGUCCAAGGAUACCCUAGACCUGGUGGAUCCAUCGGUGGGUACCCUAGGCCCGGAGGAUCGUUUGGUGGAUACCCCAGGCCCGGAGAAUCAGUUGGAGGGUACCCGAGUCCCGGAGGAUCACCUGGAGGAUACCCCAGGCCCGGAGGAUCGUUCGGAGGAUACCCCAUGGCCGGUCCGGCAGUUUACCCAACUCCGCGACCCCCGGCAGGACUACCGAUACCAUCUGAAUCGAGCGAGCUGACACCGGAGGAUGGUUCUGAUAGCCCAGAGCUAGGUGUACGACCAACAGAUGGUGAAGAACCGAUCCAGUCCCUUCAGAAGGAACCAGGCCACCCGGUUCAGACCAAGCCGACCGGCGAUCUCCAGCCGAUACCCGUCCUGCCGGAGACCGGGCACCCGGUACAGAGUAAGCCCAUCGGGGACGUCGAGCCGAUCAUCGUCCGUCCUCCCGAGACGGACCACCCCGUCCAGUCCAAACCGAUCGGCGACGUGCAGCCAGUCCCUGUGCUGCCCGCCGAGCCCGACCGGCCGGUUCAGACCAAACCGACUGGAGACGUGCAGCCCGCCGAGCCCGACCAGCCGGUCCAGACUAAACCGACUGGAGACGUGAGGCCGAUUCCAGUGCUGCCCGCGGAGCAGGGCUACCCGGUCCAGACCAAACCCACCGGAGACAUUCAGCCGAUCCUCGUCCUGCCGGCGGGGCAGGGUCCCCACCGGCCGACCGACGACCAGGGGCCUCCCCCCGACCGGCAGACGCCGAGCACCAUGGCGCCGAUGAAGCCGGACGGCCUGGCGCAGCCCAUGCCGUCCCCGUCCUCCGACCUCGGCUCCCACGUCCUCACCAAGCCCGUCGGACACGUGCAGCCCAUCCCUGUCCUCGGGCCGGCGCCGCAGGCCUCCACCGUGCCUCCAUCGGCCAGUUCAAGCACCACGGCCCGUCCCUCGACCUCCCAACCCCCGCCGACCACCACGACCAGCCGGCGGCCGUCCGUGCCGCCGGUCCCGGCCCGGCCCGGCGCCCUGGUGAGCGCGUGUGAGGCCACCGGCGCCUGGCGCUGGGUGCCCGGCAUGAGCCAGUGGUGCGCCUCCAACUGCCUGAUGAAGAACCCACCCUUCUGUCCGCCGUCCCACUGCCGCUGCUGGUGAGCGGAUACGGGGGACGGGAGUCGCGGGAGGCGGAACCCGCCCUUCUGUCCGCCGUCCCACUGCCGCUGCUGGUGAGCGGGUGGGGCGAGCGGGAGUCGCGGGAGGCGGAACCCGCCCUUCUGUCCGCCCUCGCACUGCCGCUGCUGGUGAGCGGGUGGGCGAGCGGGAGGGGCGGGAGGCAGCUGCACAGAUGCCAGCACCACAACUCUAGUAGUGGAUUGGCAUCUAAUGACACCGUUAACCAGUAUUGAUGCGAGUGUAGUUAGCUGACGAGUAAAUGUGAGCGGCGAUUGAUAGGGUCAGGAAACUCCCACGUCAUUGAAGAAUUAACGCUGGAGCUGUUAGUUAUGAUAAUGUUUUGUUGAGGGUGUGCGAUUUGUGAAUCGUAAGAGGGCAGUGCCGUGGCAUUCUGUUAUGGUGGGCAUUACUCUCCGUUGAAAGUUUUUGUUAGGAUUAGUGUUUUGUUGAGGUGAAACUUCGACUAGUAUUUUCUGCAAAUGUUUCCUUACCAGCAGCUCUCUAAGACUGUAACAACAGGCAUUUGUAACAGUGGCAUUUUGGUUGUUACGACUUUUUUACGAACACGAUGUAGAUGCUUGUCGCCAUAAUACAUAUAACGUGAUUUGCUUA